AUGUGCAGUAUGCCUAAAUAAGUCUGCUUUCUGCUCACAAGUUAGAAAUAUUUUACAGAGAACUGUGUGUAUAAGAAUGCUGUGAAGAUGUACCAAAUCGUAUCUGCAACUGUUGGAGAUAUUGGCAUUGGUGCCAUAAACCGUUGCCCACCACCUAAGAAGAAGAGAGUUGGCAGACCAAGCCGCCCAGUGAUAAAAGCGAGUGCACUAGGAGUCAUACUAGUUUUAGCUGCUAUAGUGGCAUGGUGCUACUACUCUGCCUCUUUUCACAAGGCCAGUUGUCUGACGACUGAACGAUUAGACCUUAACAAGGAUGGGUUUGCCAUCAGAAAUCAAGCUGGGGUUGUCAUAUUUAAAAUGGAAUUCAGGUCUGGAACCCUAGAUCUGGACUCCUGUUUGAAAGAGGGACAGAUUCUCAGUUGUGACAAGUCCAAUUCAGGGAAUAUACAUUUCUUUAUAGAAAUGGUGAAGCCUAAGGACACUGUUGUGUGCUAUCGUGUCCGCUGGGAUGAGUUGAAUGAGCAUGGGUCUGUACAGCAUGUCAUGUCCUGCGGUGCAUCACAUUGGUAUGGUGGUGCGGAGAUGUGGUCACAGCAUUGGCCAAUGAUUUUGAAAGGACAUCAUGCCCCCAAACCUUUCAUAACAGGUGAUAUCAAAACAAAUCAUCAGGCAUUUGGUGGCAUCUUAGAGCGCUACUGGCUUUCUUCAAAUGCUACAGCGAUAAAAAUUAGCGAUUCUGUUCCUUUUCAUCUUGGCUGGGAUGAAACACACAGAACUCUGUGGUUUCAGGCUCAAUACAAUGACAGUCCUUACAGGCCAGACCCUGGUAAUCCUCAUCGUGUGACACUAAGCUACCGUGUAUGUGUUGGGCCUGAUGUCACUUCUUUACACAAAUACAUGGUCCGGCGAUAUUUCAACAAGCCCAAUAAGGUUCCAUCAGAAGCUGUUUUCAAACAACCAAUCUGGUCUACAGGAGCUCUAGAAGAAGUCAACCAAGAAAGAGUUUUGAAAUAUGCCGCUGAUAUCCAAAAACAUGGCUUUAAUUGCAGUCAAUUGGAGCUGUAUGAUAGAUAUCCCAGUGGCUAUGGGGAGUUUGAGUUGGAUCCUAUUAAGUUUCCCAAUGCUUCACUCAUGUUUCAUAAACUAAGGGAAGAUGGCUUCACGGUAAUCCUGUGGACGCAUCCAUUCAUCAACUAUAAUUCUGUCAAUUUCGGUGUUGGAGUAGAACGAGGACUGUUUGUACGGGUACCUGGUAGCGAGCUUCCCGCUUUGGUGCGUUGGUGGAAUGGUAUAGCUGGCAUUUUGGAUUUCACAAAUCCUGAAUCUCGAGACUGGUAUGCUUUAAAUCUCUGCAACCUUAAGAACAAAUACGGAGUGGAAUCUUUCAAGUUUGAUGCAGGAGAAACAAGCUACUUACCUCAGCAGUUCAGUACUUUUGUUCCUUUGCAUGAUCCAAGUACUUUUACUCGACGCUACACUGAAAUGGCCAUACCAUUCAAUGACCGUGCAGAGCUGAGGUCAGGCUAUCAAUCUCAAAACAUCUCCUGCUUUUUCACAAUUGUUGACAGAGACUCUGUAUGGGGAUAUACCCUAGGCCUCAAAUCUAUAAUCCCAACUGUACUUAGUAUCAGUAUUCUAGGCUAUCAGUUUAUCCUGCCAGAUGUAAUAGGUGGAAAUGCAUAUUCAAACCUCACUGGACCUCCAGAUCGGGAGCUGUACAUCCGUUGGCUAGAGCUCUCAGCUUUCAUGCCAGCCAUGCAGUUUUCGCUUCCACCAUGGCACUUUGAUGAUGAGGUAGUGAAUAUUGCAAAGAAGUUCACCACUUUACACCAGUCUCUUGUAGCUCCUCGAGUUCUGGAGCUUGCUGGGGAAGUUCUGUACACUGGGGAUCCCAUCAUUCGCCCUCUUUGGUGGAUUGCUACAGAUGAUGAGGCAGCCUACAAAAUUGACUCUCAGUUCCUCAUAGGAGAUGACCUUCUGGUGGCUCCUGUACUUGAACCAGGCAAGCAGGAAAGAGAUAUAUACCUACCCGCGGGUAGAUGGAGGAGUUAUAAGGGAGAGUAUUUUGACAAAGGCCCAAUGCACCUUACUGAUUACCCAGUAGACUUGGAUGAAGUUGCUUACUUUGUGUGGGCAGGGUAAUUAGAGGUGAAUAGGGGAUUGGUCUAAAUAAAGCU